UAAUAAAGAGAGAAACUGGAGAGAGAGCAGUUUCUGAAUUCUGACCGGAUUCUGACGCUCUCAGAAUGAUCUUGAACAAGUGUCUCAGCCUCCCUGUGACCGGAACGCUUCAGGAGACACCAGCAGUCUUAGUUAUUGAAAGGACGGUAUUUUGGGAAGGUCUAUCUAUCUGCAUUAAAAUAACCCUGUUGAAAGGGCAUCCAGUGGAAUGAAUACUGAUCAACUGCUUAAGGCACAAAGACAUAAACUCAUCACCAUUCUUGGAAGAGGUUCAGUGGAAAUCUUUGAGAGCAUUCUUGAUCAUUUAUGAGCAUGGGAUCUUCUGAGUUGGGAAGAAUAUGAACAUGUGAAAUCACCAGAGGUUCUGUCUCAUUCCAGUCGUAAUCUCCUUGAUGUUGUUACAUUGAAAGGGACGAGAGCCUGUGAAUUUUUUCUUCUGGCUUUGGAAGAUAUCAUUCACAGCUCGCAGCUGGCUGAUUUAAUUUUGGGCAGCUAUAAGCCUUCAGAAAAGUCUCCUGAACCUUCAGCGUCACUGGCAACAUUACCUUCUCAAAGUCUUCAACAGCACAGACCCAACAUUGUGCGGAAACUGCAUGAACACAUUGCAGCUGUGUUAGAAAUUCUGCACAGCUAUAGUCAUUUGUGUCAAUAUAUAUACCUUCUCAGCAGGCUCGAAAGCUGCUGGAUCUCACUAAAGCUAAAGGGGAAGAUACAGCUCAGGUCCUGUCAGACUACGUUGAAUCUGAACCUGGACUAUCAAACCCAUCCUCGGUUAUUUCACAAUAAUUUAACUGAUGCAUGUGCCCAGAAUUUUGCAAAGCUCCUGAAACACAAGAACAACUUUCUUGCAUUAAGGCUUGGCAACAACCACUUAACUGCUGUUGGGGCAGAGGUGCUGGCAAAAGGUUUAAAACAGAACAACUUCAUCCAAUAUUUAUGACUUUGGGGAAAUAAAGUUGGAGGUGCUGGUACUUGUGCUUUGGCAGCAGCUCUUGAGAAUAACACAAGCUUGUUAUGGCUAAGUCUUGUAGGUAACAAUGUUGAUAUCCAUGGUGCCAAGGCUUUGGCUUUAAUGCUGACGAAGAACACUGUCCUAGAGGAGCUCUGGCAACAAUAGGCCAUAAUAGUACUGAGAAGAUCAGAAUAAGUGGAAGGAUGCCUGGUAUUUGGCUUCUCAUCCACUACCGCAAGAGAAUUCUAUCCCUUUCGGAAAAAGACUGGGACCACUCCUACAGAUGAUGCUGAAGCAUCCAUUUCCUGUCCACUGAGCAAAUGCCAAUGGGAUAUCCAUGGUCUUGGCAGAGAAACAGACUGGUUCACAAGAAGCCUCCUCCUUUUUCUCAGAAGAAGCAUCAGCAAGGCUUCCUUCUGCAUUCUCCACCAGCUCAGAUACUGACUCCACGGGAGGGGUUGGGAGGAAACAUCAUGUGUACAAAGUAUGGGACCACAUGCUGUCUUCAGGAGAACUGUUUAGUUGACGAGGAUAUGCUUCACUUUGCAGAAGGACUCCAAAACAACACAGGCUUGAAGGUUCUUAAGUAUGUGGUGAUAUGUCAAUAAAUGUUGCCCUAACUCGAA